AUGCUUGCACGACUCUUCCAGCUCUACUUGCUGGCUCAACUCCUCGAUAUUCGUGGCCAAGUCAGUGCCGCUAGGCCAGCAUCUUACGCCCAAUGGGCUGCAGAUUCUGCCAUUGCUCGUGGACAGAGCACAGGUCUUGACUCUGGUGGAAACCCCAAAGUCAUUUAUGAUGAUGGCGAAUUUCAACUAGGCCUACAUCAACUUUUUGAGAAAACAGGCAAUCAGAAAUAUUACAACCAUCUCUUGAAGGCCUCGAACACCAUUGUAUCAGCUAACGGCUCGCUUCCAUCGAGUUACAAGUACGAGCGAACCAACCAAGUCAAAUGGAAAACCGCCGCAGACAUGUUUCGUCGUCAAUUGGACCUACAACCGCGCACCGGGCAAGGCCAAUUCUGGCACAAGCAGGUUUAUGUCAACCAAGGUUGGCUCGAUGGGAUUUACAUGGGCGACGUCUUCUAUGCUCAGUACACGAAGGCAUUCCAAUCCUCUAAUUCUAGUGCUUGGGUCGAUAUUGAAAAGCAGUUUAAGCUCAUCUACGACAAUACCUUGCAGACCGCAGGCUCCGAGCACUACCUCGGUUUGCUUUAUCACGGCUACGACUAUUCACACACUGCUGUGUGGGCCUCACCAGAUCGUGGACACUCCCCGGAAGUUUGGGAUAGGGCUCUAGGAUGGUAUAUGAUGUCAUUGGUUGACGUCCUCGAAUUCAUCCCAGCUUCCAGUGAAACGUAUGCCACCAUCCUGAAGAUUCUCGGGACUCUAGCCCCUCGAUUUCGAGACGCAGCAGAUUCCGAGUCUGGUGUCUGGUGGCUUGUCAUGACGCAACCUGGCAGGAGUGGAAACUACUUUGAAAGCAGUGGAUCUGCCAUGUUUGUCUAUUCACUGCUGAAGGGUGUUCGGUUGGGAUAUAUCAAGGAUUCCGAUGGGACCAUUGUUACUACGGCAAUGAAAGCGUACGAAUACAUGACAUCGCAUUGGGUCUCCGAGAAAAGUGACGGUACUAUGGAUUGGCUGAACACGGUUGAGGUCGGCAGCUUGAGCGGAAACGGCACUUUUGAGUAUUACAUUAGUGUCAACAAGAAGGUGAAUGAUCUCAAGGGAAUCGCGGCCUUCGUCCUUGCAAGUCUCGAAUACGAAUUAUUGAAGUAA